AUGAAGCUGCUCCUGCUGGUGCCCCUGCUCCUGGCCUCAUUGCCCGGGUCCUCGGCCCCUAAGGUGAGGCGGCAGAGCGAUACCUGGGGCCCCUGGGGCGAGUGGAGCCCCUGCAGCCGGACCUGCGGAGUGGGCAUCAGCUUCCGGGAGCGCCUCUGCUACCCCCAGAGAAGAGACGGAGGCUCCAGCUGCGUGGGACCCGCCCGGAACCACCGGUCCUGCCACACUGAGAGCUGCCCCGAGGGCGCCCGGGACUUCCGGGCUGAGCAGUGCUCGGAGUUCGACGGCGUGGAGUUCCAAGGCCGGCGCUACAAGUGGCUGCCCUACUACGGGGCCCCAAACAAGUGUGAGCUGAACUGCAUUCCCAAGGGAGAGAACUUCUACUACAAGCACAAGGAGGCUGUGGUAGAUGGGACCCCCUGUGAACCUGGCAAACGGGACGUCUGUGUGGAUGGCAGUUGCCGGAUUGUCGGCUGUGACCACAAGCUAGACUCGUCAAAGCAAGAAGACAGGUGUCUGCGCUGUGGGGGUGAUAACACAACCUGCUAUCCUGUCAUAGGCACCUUCGAUGCCAAUGACCUCAGCAGAGCGGUAAAGAGCAUUCGUGGUGAAUACUACCUCAACGGGCACUGGACCAUCGAGGCAGCCAGGGCCCUGCCUGUGGCCAACACCAUCCUGCAAUACGAGCGUGGCACUGAGGGGGACCUGGCCCCUGAGCGGCUCUAUGCCCGAGGUCCCACCUCAGAGCCCCUGGUCAUUGAGCUCAUCAGCCAGGAGCCCAACCCUGGCGUGCGCUACGAGUACCACCUGCCCCUGGGCGCUCCUGAUCUCGGCUUUCACUGGAGCCAUGGCUCCUGGGGCGACUGCAGUGUCGAGUGUGGAGGAGGUCACCAGGUCCGUCUGGUGUUCUGCACCAUUGACAACGAGGCCUACCCUGACCACCUGUGCCAGCGCCAGCCACGGCCAGCUGACCGCCACCCUUGCAACCCUCACCCCUGCCCACAGACCAAGCGCUGGAAGACGGGGCAUUGGGGACCCUGCUCGGCCUCCUGUGGAGGGGGAUCCCAGUCCCGCUCUGUCUACUGCGUCUCAGCCAGAGGGACUGGCGUCCAGGAGGCUGUUGAUGAGGCUGAGUGUGCAGGCCUGCCCGCAAAGCCCCCUACCACACAGGCUUGCAACCUCCAUCGCUGUGCAGCCUGGAGUUCAGGGCCUUGGGGAGAGUGCUCGGUCACCUGUGGCUCCGGGGUCCGGAGGCGGACUGUCACUUGCCAGAGCAAUGAGGGGUCUGUGCUCCAGGCCAUGGCGUGUGCCUCAAAGGACCGGCCGCCCCUCACGGAGCCCUGUGUGCGUGAUGACUGUCCCUUCCUCAAAGACCAGGCUUGGCACGUUGGCCCCUGGGGUCCGUGCUCUAAAAGUUGCAGCUCAGGCAUUCGGAAGCGGCAGGUCCUCUGUGCCAUUGGGCUGCCCAGCCACUGUGAGAGCCUGCAGUUGUUGAAGCCAGUGGAGAUGGAACCCUGUAACACACAGACCUGCCCUCUUCCUCAAGAAGUCCCCAGCAUGCAGGACAUGCACACCAGCCCCAGGGAUCCCAGGACAUCUUGGGGCACUCUGGAGUCCCCCGCCUCAGAUUCCAGAGGCCAGUGGUGGGCACCCCAGGGGCGAUCCUCAGCCUGGAUUAACCCCAGAAGAGACCAGAGCCCCCACCUGUCAGCCCCAGGCCUGGCCCCAUCCCUGCAGCAGUCUCCGCUCCAGCAGCCCCUGUGGUCAGGCUCAGGGCGCCAAGACUGUAGGCACAGCCCCCAUGGGUGUUGCCCCGAUGGCCACACUGCAUCUCUGGGACCUCAGUGGCAAGGCUGCCCUGGGGUCUCGUGUGAGCAGAGCAGGUACGGGUGCUGCCCCGAUGGGGCGUCAGUGGCCAAGGGGCCCCAUCAGGCUGGCUGCUCAAGAUCGCAUGGUGGUGAUAACACUGGGAACAGGCCAGUGGCUUCCACAGUAAGGUCUUCACAGCAACCCAGGGCCCAGCAGAACCAGCCCAGUGAGUGCCGAGGCUCCCAGUUCGGCUGCUGCUAUGACAACAUGGCCUCUGCAGCCGGUCCUCUGGGGGAGGGCUGUGUGGGCAAGCCCAGCUACCCCUACCCAGUGCGGUGCCUGCUGCCCAGUGCCCACGGCUCCUGUGCCGACUGGGCUGCCCGUUGGUACUUCAUCGCCUCUGUUGGCCAGUGUAAUCGCUUCUGGUAUGGUGGUUGCCACGGGAACGCCAAUAACUUCGUUUCUGAGGAGGAGUGCAUGAGCAGCUGCCAGGGGCCCCAGCCUGGAGGAUCCGCCCAGAGCACCCACAGGGAUAGAGGCCCUGGAGGCCAGCAGGAGACCAGCUCGCACAGGAUGGAGGCCACAGGCCAGAGGGAGCCCUUGCUUUCUGGCAGCCUCUGGCGGCAAGGCCAGGAGCCUGGGCUGGUGGAGGCCUCCCACACCCACACCUUUGGAGAAAGGCCCUGGAGCCAGGAGCAUAGGCCCAGUGCCCCCGGACUGGGCAGAGAUGCCGGGCAGCCAGCACCACCCUUCCAAAGCUCCUCAUACAGGAUCAGCUUGGCCAGCUCCAGGCCUGCUCUGGUCCAGGCUGCCCUGGGGCACUUGGUGCAGCUCUUCUGUCCAGGUGAUGCCCCUCUGGACCCCCAUGAUGGGUGGCAGAAGGAUGGCUGGCCUGUCUCCUCUGACAGGCACAAGCUGCAGGCUGACGGCUCCCUGGUCAUCAGCCCCCUGCGGGCAGAAGACGCUGGCACCUACAGCUGUGGCACCAGGCCAGGCACUGACUCCCAGAUGAUCCAGCUUCAUAUUACAGGGGGUGACGUAGCUGUCCUAUCUGAAGCUGAGCCAAGGCGCUUCCCUCAGCCCAAGGACCCUGCCCAGGGUCUAGGGAGGUAUUCUGGGGGCCUAGGGGCUGUCUCUUCCUCGCACCCACAGCCCAGAUCCAGGCUUCGUCUAGACCGCAACCAGCCUGGUGUGGUGGAUGCCAGUCCAGGCCAGCGGGCCCGGUUGACCUGCCAUGCAGAAGGCUUCCCGCCCCCAACCAUUGAGUGGCAGAAAGACGGGCAGACCCUCUCUUCUCCCAGGCAUCAGCUGCAGCCCGAUGGCUCCCUGGUCAUUGACCAUGUGGCUGUGGAAGAUGGCGGCUUCUACCUCUGUGUUGGCUUCAACGGGCAGGACCGAGACCAGCAGUGGGUCCAGCUCAGAGUUCUGGGGGAGCUGACAAUCACAGGGUUGCCCUCUACUGUGACAGUGUCGGAGGGGGACACAGCCAGGCUGCUGUGUGUGGUGGCAGGAGAAAGCGUGAACAUCAGGUGGUCCAGGAAUGGGCUGCCUGUGCGGGCCGAUGGCCACCAUGUCCACCAGUCUCCAGACGGCACACUGCUGAUCUACAACUCGCGAGCCAGGGAUGAGGGCUCCUACACAUGCAGUGCCUACCGUGGGAGCCAGGCAGUCAGCCGCAGCACUGAGGUGAAGGUGGUCCCGUCAGCACCAACAGUCCAGCCAAGGGACCCCGGCAGGGAGUGCAUUGACCAGCCUGAGCUGGCCAACUGUGACUUGAUCCUGCAGGCCCAGCUCUGUGGCAAUGAGUAUUACUCCAGCUUCUGCUGUGCCAGCUGUUCCCGUAUCCAGCCUUAUGCUCAGCCCAUCUGGCAGUAG